AUGGACAACAUUUUGGAAAUAGUUGAGAGGCUAAGUAGUGAUGAAGAUGCUGUGCGGAAAAUGGCAGUUUUUAAACUUCAAGGCGUCAUUGGAGACCCUUCAUUUGCAGACACCUUUAUAAUGGAAGGCGGAUUAACCAGACUACGGUAUCUAACCCUUCAUGCCAGUGGGAAUACCCUGGCAUACAGUUUAACAAGCUUAUCCAGGCUUCUGGAGGUGGAUAAAGGGUGGGAAUUCAUAGACCAAGACGUUAUUGAGAGAAUCGUUGAGCUUAUCGUAACCCACCCCCUUGUUAACAUCCUGCGCGGAGCAAUGUCUAUUUUAGUCUCCAUUGUAUCCCAUCCCCAUGCAGGUGGAAGUUCAUCACAAAAUGGAGCUUUUGGCUUUCGUGCUCUGAGCCCAGCGAUUGCCAUGUACCCGCAAUUCUUGGAAAUGCUGGUUAGUCGAUUGUCAUCUGCGGACCAUGCACUGUGUGCCAAUGCACUUCAAUUGAUUAAUUCACUUAUGCGUGAUUCAAUCACAAAUGACUCUGAGCUACAAUGGCCCAAAUUUAUCCAGAAGCUACAAGAUUUAGGUGUUAUUAGGGCAGUUUAUGCACUUAUGCAAGGCUCUGCAUUGCAGGACCAUGUGCAUCCCUUAAUCGAGUUUCAAUCUCUCACGAAAGUUCUUCUAAGAAAGUGGCGGGAUGUUCCCCUUGACUUGGAAAACCCGGAACAUAGGAGAGCAUUGAAGGGAAUACACUUGGCUAGUCAAACUGAAAGGAACCAGGAUAAAGGAGUUGAAAAUAUUAAGGAGGUAAGACGGUCUAAAAGGCAUAGCCCAGACAAAUGGAGGCGACUUGGGUUCGAAUCAGAAAACCCAGUCAUACAAUUCGAAACAAUGGGUUUUCUAGGCAUGAUGGAUCUGGCAGACUAUGUCAAGAACCACCAAGGUGAAUUUCAAAACUUACUUCUUGAACAAUCAGCAAAACCAGCACAAGAGCGCUGUCCGAUUGCUCGAGCUUCUUUAUCGGUGACCUCCAUUUUAUAUGAACAUUUCGAAGUCGAUAAAUCGGAUACAGAAGAUGCCAAAAGUUAUUUGAUCCUAGACUCUCGUUCCAAUUUCGACAAAUUAUUUAACCCUUUACUAUUGCAUUGGACUCGACUGCACGUUGCUGGGCUCCGCACUUUUUUUCGACUGUGGAAGGCUACUGGCGCGGAGUUAGAAGCCUAUGAAAAAAUUGUCGAGCUUGUUCGCAUUCUUGUCGAGUCAGUUGUCGGUGGAGCAUCACGAACAAAAGAUGUGCAAGACGUGGAGGAAGAACUAGUCGACUUUGAAUACCAUCGGCUCCGUUCGCUCCAGAUGGAGCUAUUGGAGCUUACUUAUGAAGAUGCUUGGGGUCAACAUUUACGCCAGGUUCGGGAAGAAUUGCAUCAGGAAGUUCUGCAGUUUGUAAAGGAACAACGGAUUCGAUGCUUGUUGCAAGGCUGCUGGUUCCCUAACGAAGGCAUACCCAAGCCAGAACUAAUUACCUCUGGAGAGUCCUCUUGGAGCAAGUGUCCAGAGCUUGACUCACUUCCAGAGAAGAUUGAUUUGUCAAUUGUAUCGUCCGUGGUCUCCAAUGUCUCGGUGUCACCAGAUGGGUCAUCAUCUUCAACCAUCAAAAGCAUGCUUCAUCAUUCUUCUACAAAAAUCUCGAUCCACAGCUACAUGCAACCUCCGUUAGCUAUAGAUGAUGCCCAGAAGAUAAACGGUCAUAGCCGUUCUCCUAGCAAGUCUACACAACGAGAGAUUUUGUUAUUGAGCCUCCGGCCUCAGUCCCAAAGCAUCGCUUCCGAGUGGCUUGAUGGUUUGCUUAUGCUUCUGAACCAACAACCUAUCACGGCAGAGACAGGUAGAUUAAUCAAGUCCGUCAGUGACUAUGGGCUCAGAAUUCGUUUGUUGAAUAUCAGAUUUGACGAUACUAUAUUCUCAAGUGAAAUUCCCCAUGUUCCUUCUCGUGACGGUCUCGAUGACGACUAUUAUUAUGAUCUUUUCGGGGGCAACUGA